AUUAUAUUUAUAUCUAUAUGGAACAACAAAAAUUAGAAAACUUAUGAAAUGAAACAAAAAUGAUGGGAAACCAAGAUGUAAAGCUGCUUAACUUUUUAUUGAGUCCAGUUGGUCGUAGAGUUGAAUGGGCUCUAAAACUCAAGGGUGUUGAGUUUGAUUAUAUAGAAGAAGAUAUCUUCAACAAAAGUAGUCUUCUUUUGGAAAUGAACCCGGUUCAUAAGAAAGUUCCAGUUCUUGUUCAUGGCCAGAAGUCAAUUGCAGAGUCGCUGAUUAUUCUUGAAUACAUUGAUGAAACAUGGAAGCAAUAUCCAUUGCUGCCUCCUGAUCCUUAUCAAAGAUCUCGGGCUCGCUUUUGGGCUAAGUUAUCUGAUGAAAAGCUUGCACUGGGUUCAUGGAUUGCAUUGAUUAAGAAAGGUAAUGAAUGGGAAAAAGCUCUAAAGGAGGCAAGAGAAAUCAUGGAGAAGUUAGAAGAGGAUAUAAAGGGGAAGAAAUUCUUUGGUGGGGACACUAUUGGGUACCUUGAUCUUACUCUUGGAUGGAUCACUUGUUUUCUUCCAAUUUGGGAAGAAAUUGGGUCAACGCAGAUACUUGACCCAUUAAAAUGUCCUUCCAUCUCUUCAUGGAAGAUCAACUUUCUGAGCCAUCCUAUCAUCAAGGAGUGUUUGCCACCAAGGGAUGAAAUGAUUCUUUAUUGCCACCGUCGCAUAAAGGAGUAUUCUUCAACUCAUCGUGGUUAAUUGGUUAUUGAUAUUUAUGCAUGCAUGCAUGUUCGAGUUUCAUUUGAUUUUCUGAGUAACUUAUGUAUCAUAUAUAGUACUUUGUGUUGUGAAUUAUGUAACGCUAAAUAAAUUAGUUUGGAAGCCUUGUAAAUGAAUGGAAAUUAUGAAAGAUGUGGCGACACUUAUGGUGUGCUACCUUGCUUGCUAGAGUCUUUGGGAUAUAUAGACUCGGUUCUUGUCAAUGCUCUUCA